AUGAUGCCUUUCUAUAAUGCAGAGGCAUUUGAGUUUCUAGGAAUAAAUUACAUAACUGGCCAUGACAACGUGUGGCCGCUGCAGCAGCGCUACAACGGCGCGCUGGCGGCACAGCUGGGCGACGCCAUGAACACCUUCUGGGCGGAGAGCUACGAGGCGAGCAAGCUGGCGGUGACGCGGCGCGCACAACUCGUGGUGGAGAGCCGCGCGCGCUUCCUGUGUUCAAGCAUUUGGAAAUUAUUUGAGGGAGUAAUACAACUUGCUUUCUUACAAAAGAUGGAGUGGACUGGAUUGCAACUGAAAUGUACAGUAUGA